AUGGAGAUGAAGAGAAAUGCAACAAAGCUGCUGUGGCUGUUCCUGUUAUUCUCUGAUACAGUGACAUUCAGCUAUGAGAAAUCAAUGAGAGAGCGAGCUAUCGAGCUGAUGCAGGAUGCACGUUUAAUAGAUGGCCACAAUGACUUUGCACUGCGGCUGAGAAUAUUUUACCGAAAUAGACUCAGUAGAGUCAACUUAAGAGAACUCAACAUGACCCACACAAACCUUGUGAAACUUCAGGCUGGCUAUGUGGGAGCUCAGUUUUGGUCAGUGUAUGUUCUUUGCAGCGCUCAGAACAAAGAUGCUGUGCGUCUGACCUUAGAGCAAAUUGAUGUUGUCAAGAGGAUGUGUAACAGCUAUGAAGAGCUAGAACUUGUGACAACUUCCCAAGGUAUCUCUGGCAGUAGCAGGAUUGCAUGUUUGAUGGGAAUAGAAGGUGGUCACUCCAUUGACAGCAGUUUGGCAACGCUGAGGAUGUAUUAUGACCUGGGUGUUCGUUACAUGACUCUAACACAUUCCUGCAAUUCACCUUGGUCUGAAUCAUCAUCUAAAGGAAUACACAACUUUUAUCCUCAUGUUAUUGGCUUAACUGCAUUUGGCCAAGAAGUUGUAAAGGAGAUGAAUCGCCUGGGCAUGCUGGUAGAUUUAUCUCACACUUCGUAUUCCACAGCAAAAGCUGCUCUGAAUAUCUCAAAAGCACCAGUUAUUUUCAGCCAUUCUGCAGCAUUUUCAAUUUGCAAUCACUCAAGAAAUGUUCCUGAUGACAUCCUCCAGCAACUGAAAAAGAACAAGGGAAUUAUCAUGGUGACUUUUAAUGCAGAUGUACUGGCCUGUGGCAGAAAAGCUGUUCAUGUUUCUACCCUUGCAGAUCAUUUUGAUCAUAUAAAGAAAAUUGCAGGUUCAGAAUCGAUUGGAAUUGGUGGUGACUACGAUGGAGUGGAUCGUUUUCCUGAGGGACUGGAAGAUGUUUCUAAAUACCCUUCUUUGAUUGAGGAACUUCUUAGAAGAGGAUGGAAUGAAACUGAACUAAAAGGGGUCUUAAGGGAGAACUUUCUCCGUGUGUUCAGGGAAGUGGAAAAUGUAAGAUUAAAAACUAAACUGCAUCUUGAUUCUUACUAA